CAUUAGCCGCGUUCAGAUUGAGAUAGAAAGAGCUACAGGCCAGGCGAAGAAGACAGACUCGUGCAAGCGUAACAAAUCGAAGGGAGAUGGGGAGAGGAAGAAGCCCGGCGCCGUUGUUGGUAAUCUUCGCCGUUCUACUCGCAGCUCUUCCUCACCUCGCCGAAUCCGACAGCAGGCACCACCACCACCACUCCCAUGUCCAAAACAGAGGGCACGGCGGAGGAGACGGAGAUGAUGAGCAGGUGUCGCCGACCAAGGAGGCGAAGAGGGAGUGGCCGUGCUGCGACAACUGCGGCGGGUGCACCAAGUCGAUCCCGCCGCAGUGCCAGUGCAUGGACGCCGCGCCCAGCGGUUGCCACCCGGCGUGCCGGCAGUGCGUCAGGUCCGCCCUCAGCGUCGACCCGCCCGUCUACCAAUGCAUGGACCGCAUCAAAAACUUCUGCCAGCGGCGCUGCAACGCCGUCGCCGCCCACUGACCCGAUACCCAACCAACCGGCCAACUGACCCAACGCCCACCUACGGCCACCGGCGACGAAUCUUCAGCAUAUGCCGCGCCUUCUUGUCUCGGUUCACUGACUUCGUCUAGUACUCUACUUCCAAGCUAAAGAAAAGGGUUGGCUUGUGCAAAUUGAUCAGCGCUUCAAAGUUGAUUGACAAGAUUGUGCCGUCAGAUAAGUCUCGUGAGUUUUCGUGGGCGAAAAUGUUUUGCUCUACUACUACCUGACAGAAAUUCAAUAUUCAGUCUGAAUUUGUUGA